AUGGCAACAGACACUACGACCCAGGCGGCCAUCGACGACAUUUUCAAUUUCGACAGCACAGACGACGAAGACCCAUUCAAGGACACCAACCAGACUUCCCGGGUCAACAGAGAUGACAAGUCAACCUCAGAUCCAAGCCAUAAACGCAAGGCCGACAAUGACGACGGCUCCGACGCAGAUCUAGGUAUCAACAAGGAAGUCAAGGUCAACAAGAAGCGCAAGCCCAUCGCCAAACUCGAUGAAGCGCGACUCCUUUCAGCACCAGGAAUACCCAAACUGCGCGCCCUUGCACGAUCAGGCAAGUUCUCCAAAAAGCUACGUCUGAAAGGCAAAGGACACGAAUUCUCCGACGUCGCUCGCCUCUUGAAUUAUUACCAACUGUGGCUCGACAAUCUGUACCCCCGCGCGAAAUUUGCCGACGGUCUGCAGCUGGUAGAGAAAGUCGGCCACAGCAAGCGCAUGCGGAUCAUGAGAAAGGAGUGGAUCGAUGAAGGAAAGCCAGGCUACGCUCGUAAGUGGGGUCAAAAGGAUGACCAGGACCAAGAUCAAGAUCAAGCAGUCAGUGAUCUGUUUGGUGGAAACAAUUCAGCCGAGAACUCUUCGACGCCGUCAGCAGACGCCACUGCUGUCCACGGCGAGACCGGAGGCGACUCAUUGUUUAUUCCUGACUCGCGAAGCGGCAACGAAAUGCCGCCUGAGGACAACCUACCGGACGAUGAUGAACUAGAAGCUCUGCUCGCCGAACAGGACACCGCAUCGACGGUGGCCUCGAAGGCUACUGCACCGGCAAAGCCAACCGUGGACGCAGAUUCUGAAGGCGAAGACGAUCUCGACGCUCUCUUGGCAGAACAGGAGUCUCGCCGGCCUGUUCACCCUUCGAACCCUCCCGCCGCAAAGACAAAUAAGUCGCCGUUCGACGAUGACGAUGACGUCGAAGGUAUGGACGAGGACGACGACCUCGACGCUCUCCUUGCUGAGCAAGAAGCUCGAUACCAGUCUACAUCUAGGUUGAGAGGUCCAUCACUCGAGACCUCGAGUAAGCCACCUCAGCACGACGAAGUCGACGCCGAAGACGACCUGGACGCACUACUCGCAGAACAGGAAGCUCGACAAAAGACACCUCGGGCGGAGAAAGCGGCGGGAAAUAGCAUAGACAGAACUGAUAACCUACCUGUCACGCGCGAUGGCGUCAACGAGGACAACGCUGGUGGUGAGGAAAUGUUCUCAUCAUCACCUGUGCGCACGACACAGCAUUCGCGUGCAGGAGCGGGGGAGACCAGUUCCGCUCGCACGGCAGCGCAGCCUGAGGAAGCAAGAACUCAAGAAGACACGGAAGACUUGGAGGCCGGUGACAUGUUUUCUUCCUCGCCUGUCAACGGCUAG